UAAAUCUAACACACUCCAUGUCCGCCCCCUUCAAAAAAUUUGAGCAAUUCAAUUGGCUGUGUCGUCGUCCUAUAGGGCGAAGAGAUGGUAGACAAAAAAACAACAAUAAUAAUUAAACGUCAUUCUCAUCAGCUGUGUGUGAGGGAGACAGAGCCAACUAAGACCUGCCCAAUUAAACAGCCAUGGCUCAUCUCCAGAUCCACCGCCUGUGUUUCCUGCUGGUCAGCAUUCUGGCCUGUCAGUGUCCUGCAGUCAGCGGGCUGUUUGAGUGGCUGAAGGGGGCGGCGGCCCCUCCACCAGCACCUCCACCUCCACCAGCAGCAGUAGUUCCUGCACUUCUUGCAAAGGAUGCUCAGUUUGAGAUGGCUACAACAGAUGAGAGGUUUUUGUCUGAGGCAAAGCAGCUGGAGCUGAGCCCGUUAGACAGCUGUCAUUUUAAGGUGGUUGCCCAGCUGAAGGCGAGCUGUGAAAGCCUCCCAGAGGAGCAGCUUGCAAAGCUCGGCGUCGUCCUGUUUAACUGCCAGGCCGCGGUUGAGGGGCGCAAGACCUACCCCUGCACAGAGGAAAUGACUAUAAAAGAGUGCACAGCAGACAUGGAUUCAGACACGUGGAAUGCUUACCACAUAGUGAGCAACAGAGCGCGCUCUGUUUGCUACGCGACUCGCCAGCAGCUCUUCCGGCGCAGAGCAGAGCACACUGUCAACGCCCUCAUCUCCACAGCCACAAGCCAGCUAGAAACCAUGAAGGACCUGAAGGAUGGCCAGCUGGAACUGAAGGAACUGACUGCAGCCUCCUUGGACAAGCUGCUGGAUGGUCACAGUGCUUUGCAGGAACAACAGGGGAAACUGUUUGAGGGCCAGGGGCAAAUGGAGAGCUCACUGAGGGACAACUUGGAGCGUCUGGGGCAGGAAAAAGCCCUCAUCGCCUCUGGACAGGAACUGGUAGCCCAGCUCAUUCAGGGCAUUACAAAGAGAAUGGGUGAGAGCUUUCACGUCUUCAUGAAUCUCACACUGCACAAGUUUAGUAUAUUUGUCGAUAGUACAAACGUACAGCUAUUUCCAAGGCAAAUACAAUGUCUCCAGUAUUCUCAUUUGUUUCUCACAACGUUUCUUUUAUUCACAUCUGCAGGUCAGUGGUUUGGGAGUCAUUUGUGGGCGUACCUUCAGUCCAGAGGAAAGCCAGCCGCCCCGCUGCCACUGGCCCCAUGGGCCAUCGUGGAGCCACAGAGACCAGUAUCCUCCAGCUCAUCCUCAUAUCCGCCGUCCUCUACACCGCAGAAAGAUAAAAGUGAUGGCUCUAUCGAUCAAGACGACCUGUUGAAUCAGGACAGCUUCAUAUCUGGUAACUUUGGCAUAUCAGCAGCGUCUCCUCUUCACAGGAAGCCAAUCCCAGAGUCCAGGUUUACGCCAAUCGUUGGCACACCCAAUCACUCCACUCCCAGGCUUGUACCGCGGCCACUUCUUUCAGAGGCUCGGGUUGCCGAUAUCCCCCUUAGAAACCUGGGAGGUGUUUUUGAUUUUGUAAUCGACUCGCACGACUCCAUGAACGACUCCCGAAGUGCGAGUCCUACCCCGUCACUCAGCAACAGCUCAAUAUCAGGCCGUCAGCUGUGCAACGGUAUCACAAAAACAGGGAAGGUCUGUAAGAAGCGAGCCGUGCCAGGACAGGACUACUGCAGAGUCCAUGAGGGGGGGCUCACCUCCUAUGUUGCUAAAUGAGCACUGCAUUUUCUUUAGACUACAGAUGUUUUA